UCCGAGUUUACCAUUACUUUAUAAUCUUAACAAUACAUUAUUUUAUUUAACAAUCUAUAGAGUUGCAAUUUUUGAAGAUUUUGUUUUAAGAAAAUGCCUGAUAAUUCAUUGAAAAUACCACAAAACGAGUCCCCAAUGGCCAGGGCGGGCGCUGGAGACAUAUCGAAGAUAGAACUGAGCAGGGAACGAAAUAACCUUCAGACUACACCGCCCACGAGAGUCCAACCAGCUCAUCCAAAGAAGCAAGUGUUCUCUACUCCAGUCAGCAAAUUCACAGCCAAGUCGCACCUGCCCAGCCCUAAUCUGGAGAGAAUCAGGAGCUGUCUGGACGAAUACAAAAGUCGGACGCCAGCGAGAGCUGUUAAAAUCGGUCCCAAAGCAAUUUCAAUGGAGGAUCUGACUCCUACUAAGAGAAUAAAGACAGAAAGAAUCGAUAAACACUUGCCAGCCCUGAUGUCACCGGGUUUACAUACCAUGACGGAGGUCCGUGCUGCAGGCAAAAUUGGAAAAUUCCUAAUGCUUAGCGCAUGGAGGCGCAGACGGGAAGAGGUGCGAUGUCUCCGGAAGACACUAGAGUUCCAGGUGUCAUGCUCGGAACGUCUUCGCAUACAAGUGUCUACUCUCAAGUCCUUACUUGAUUCGGACAAUGCGAAGGUUCGACUAGCUAUGAAAGAGCUUGAGCGGUUGAAGCAACGGAUCAGGGAGAAAGAUUUGGAAAAGGCGGUCUUAGAAAGGGAGAAAACCGCAUUAGAAAAUGAUGUGUGCGUCGCACAGGACCAAGCAUCGGAGAUGAGCAUCGGUUGGCGAAACUGCCGCAACGAGCUAGAGGGGGCGCUGGCGGCGGCGGCGGCGGCUGAGCACGCGCUAGUCCUCGAGCGGGCCGCCGCCGCCUCCGCGCGCGCGCAGCGGGAUCACGCGUACAACAGGUUAUCGACGCUAGAAGACGAGGUGAUGCAAUACGAAGCGCUGCUGUCGUCCGCCGAACAAGAGGCGGCUGCGCUGAGACGCGACGUGGACGAGAAGCAGCGCGCCCUGCAACACACCAACGAGCAGCUGCGGCUGGAGCAACAUAAAGCUAAUUUGAAAGUUUGUUGGUUUAAUUCAAUUCGUGUUUUAUUAAAUAGUAAUGCACUCGUAUGCAGGGCGCUGGAGCGCAGUUGUGCCGAGUGCGCGGCGCUGGGCGAGGUGGCGUGCGGCGCGGCGCGGCACACGGCGGCGCUGCGCCGCGAGCUGGCGCGCCGCGCCGCCGACCUCGCCGCCGCCAGGGAACAGCUCGACUGCUGGCCGCGCCCGCUCACCAGAUUGAUGGGCGCAGCGCGGCGCUGGUGGCGACAGCCGCUUUCGCUGUACGAGGCCGUGCUGUGGUCGCUGGUGCCGGCCAGGCACGGCUGUUGAAAGCCUAACCUCUCAUACACUGACCAGCAUAUACCUACUAUUUAGUCAUUUAAACACAACCCGUCAUCGAGGACUUCAUAGAAGGACUUACGUUUUGUUUUUGAUUAAUCUUUUUUUUUUAAUUCUAUUCACAAAAACUAAAUGCUCUUUUGUAUAUGAUUAUAUUGAGAUAUUUUCUGCAACAUAUUAUAUACAUGGCAGUGAAUUUACAGGGUACAGAGGAAUAACACCCGAGUCCUCAGCAAUGUCAACGCAUGGGGGGUAUCAUGGGCGAAACAGUAUACUCUGUUAUGUCCAUGGUGCUGCUCAUGUCUAUAGGCGACGGUUACCACUUUCCAUCAGGUGGACCGUCAGCUUGUUUGCCGUUCUAAUUUGCAAUAAAAAAAACAAUUCCUCGUGUUCGUACAUACUUGGUUAUGAACUAAAAUAUUUUGAAUUUUUUUAAAAUUUGAAUUAUACUACCAUGAACAAUCAAAUCUACUAUAUCUUGACGACCUGUAAACUGAUAAUAUCGAUAAAUAGUUUUAAAGUUACAGAUACUUCCAAAUUGAUCCCUUAUUUUAUUGUGAAGAGACAUUAAGUCCCCGAUCUUGACGGCACGCAUAACUGUACCUACCUAUACGUACACAUUUGUCUAUGGUCCUUUAUUCGUAUAAUAUCAUAGAC